AAUGUCGGAAAGUCAUACCGUUAAUCUAGUAUUUGAAAAGGUCUCUUUCGUGAACAAGAUCAGCACAAUAUUGAAGGCAACUUCAGAUGACGAUAGGCCAAUACCUGGCUAUCUUUACCAAGAAAUAAGCAAAAUUACCCAUGAAUCUGAUGGCUACUGUGAAAGUACCCUGGAAUACCUUGUUGACAGACUGGAGAGAAACUCUUGUCACAUUAAACUGAAGGUGAUCAAAGUGAUGAAAUAUUUGCUAGAAAAUGGUCAUAGAAAUUUUCGAUUUGGUUUAUUGAAAAAGUCACGAGGAAUAACAGCGGCUACAAAAUUCAGUGGUGCUCCAGAUCCUUUGCAUGGAAAUGUGCCCUAUCUCAUGGUCCGCAAAGCUGCACAGGAGCUGUCUGAGAUGUUAUUUGAUACAGAGGUGAUGGAAGCAAACUUAGAAGGCCAGGAUAAGGAGUCUGUCAAGCUGAUAAAUACAGGUAGCAUGGGUUCAUCAAAUCAUCAGACUGGGAAGUUAGAAGGAUUUGGAAACUCUCCUGCUGUACAAAAAAGUAAUAAGCAUUUAAUAUACAAUAUCAUAAAUCAAUGUACAGGUACAUUUGGAGACAAUUUGAUUGAUAAUGUAUACAAAUUAGCAGAAAAGAUUAACGAACAGCCAGCUGACAGACAGCGGGAGUUGUUAAAAACUGUACAAAAUGUUGGAGAAUACAAACCACCAAUGAACAUCACGACUGAUUCAUCACCUCUUGUUACACCCUUUACAAAGCCAGAAGUAAAAUCCUACCCAGUUGAGCCAAUGAGGAAACAUGUUCCUGGAAAGGCAGGUGGUGGUUGGGAUGACAGUGAUGAUGAUGUUGAUAGUCGCCAUGGACACAGCCAGUCAUCUGGUAAAAAAAGCAGUGGCAGUAAUAAUGACCUUUUAGAGAGGAUGGAAGUAGUGACUUUGGAAGAUUGGAGUGGGGAGGAAAAUCUAGUGAACAACACUGUGGACAAUGGUCAAUCAUUUCUUCUGAAAAGGAUAGAGAUUAAGAAUUUUGUACAGAAUUGCCAUCAAUUAAGCUGUUAUAAAAUCCUAGAACUUCUAAAUCAGCGGUUAAAAUCUGGAGUUGAUAACCACAGAAUGAGGUCCUUACUUCUGGUGGAGAAUCUGCUCACUACAGAUUUAAUCAGCAUUGAUAGAGUGAUUCGGACGUGCAAGGGAAACCUGAUCUGGUUGGUUGGAAACUGUACUGGGCCAAUAGCAUCAAAGGCAAAUAAGAUCAUUAAAAUUUUGGAGAGGCUAUCAAACAACAUUCUAUUUCAUGGAUCAGCAAUAGACACCAACUUGAAUGGACAGGCCUUGGAAUGUGACCUGCUGGGCCAGCAACAUUCCAAACAUAUGCAAAGGCUACAGUGUGAGGACAAGGAAGAGAAUGUUAAUGCUAAUACAGAAAGAGACAUUGAGUUGCUAUUACAGCAAGACCCAAGUAAAACCUUGUACAGUGCAGACACAGUGCAGGGUCAGUCAGACAUGGUUCAAUCUAAUAAUGAUAUUACCUAGGCAUUUGCAGGAUUUGAUCAGACUUGAGGGUUAACAAAUGACACACUUGGCUCAAAUACAUCACUUUUGAUUUAUCUAUUUCUUUUAUCAUACAUCAUAGUCUGCCAGUCUUCAAAUGAGAUCCUUAAUUUCCCCAUCCAACAUUUACCAGAUGGGUGUCUGUGCAAUAUUUUAUGUUGUUGUCAUGGUUCAUGUUAGUUUUUGUAAUUUUUAUUAAUAAUGUUUAGUUUUGCUAUUUGCCAUUUCCAUGCUGUGCAUUUUUCAGAAAGAGUAUUUGAGUUUUCAUUUGAUAAAAAUGAUGCUUUCCAUUUAAAUCUUUGUGAAAUUUUGAGUGAUUUUCAGAUUUUUUUGUUAUAUAAAUAACGUAGUUAACAUUCUCUUCUCCUGAAUUAUAACAAGUGUUUCAUUUCCAUUGUUGCCAACUCACCUGAUUUCAUAAGGUGAAAUGUUACUGGCCAUACCAUGAUCUGCUGAAAUCAUGAAAAAUGCUAAAAUCGUCUAUUGUUCUUCUCUGACAUAAAAUCAUUUAAUUCAUAUGAAUGGUAUAACUAUACAAUAGAAUGGGAAAUACGGUCUUUUUGUCUAAUGACCCUUUAAAACACUCUGUCACCCUUGACUUUGAAGGCCAUCACCAAAUAUUAUUAAGUAAAAGGUUGGCAACACUGUUUUACUGAAUAUUGAUUGGCAUCAUUAAAGGUUGUUCAAUUCAUAUUCCAAAUGUUCCAAAAAUAAGACAUUGAAUCCAGUGCACAUGUACUUGCAAUUUUAGAAAACAGUAAAUCAUUUCAUUUUUACUAUGAGAA